UCGCACCAAAUCACAAUUCGACGCAGCUGAAAUCUAACCGCGAACUUUUUCUGCUGGGAAAUUCUACACCUCGACAAAGACGAUCGCGCAACGCAAAGCAACUCUUCUUCCUUACCCUCAUUACCCUUCUUUUUCGCAAUCCUCUACAGAUUUUGUGAGUUGCUCAAUUUAAGUCAAGAUGGCGCCCGCGAACUUCCCCGCCUCCAUGCAUGCGACGUCCCAGGACAUCGAGCUGCUCUUAGCUGCUCAGUCCCAUCUCGGUUCCAAGAACUUGCAGGUUCACAUGGAACCUUAUCUAUGGAAGACCCGCGCCGACGGUGUCAAUGUCCUCAACAUUGGCAAGACCUGGGAGAAGAUCGUCCUGGCCGCCCGUAUCAUCGCUGCCGUUGACAACCCCGCCGACAUUUGUGUCAUCUCUGCCCGUCCCUACGGACAGCGUGCCGUCCUCAAGUUCGCCGCCCACACUGGUGCCGUUGCUAUCGCCGGUCGAUUCACCCCCGGUUCUUUCACCAACUACAUCACCCGAUCUUUCAAGGAGCCCCGCCUGAUCAUUGUCACCGAUCCCCGCACCGACGCCCAAGCCAUCAAGGAGGCUUCCUACGUCAACAUCCCCGUCAUCGCCCUUUGCGACACUGACUCUCCCACCGAGUACGUCGAUGUUGCCAUUCCCACCAACAACAAGGGUCGUCAUGCCAUUGGUUGCGUCUGGUGGAUGCUUGCCCGCGAGGUCCUCCGCAUUCGCGGUACCAUCGCCAGCCGUGAUAUCCCCUGGGACGUGAUGGUCGAUCUUUACUUCUACCGUGACCCUGAGGCUGAGGCUGAGGAGAAGGUCGAGGAGGAGAAGCUACCUGGUGCCGAGGAGGUUGGCGCCGCUGCCAUCGAGACUGGUACAUUCGGCGCCGCGACUGCUGACUGGGAAACCGCCCCUGCUGGCUUCGCCGCUACCCAACCCGGUGGCUGGGACGGCCAGACCGACGAGUGGGCUAACGCCACUGGUGCUCCCCCGGCCGGUGAGUGGGGUGCCGCCGCUGCCACCACCACUGAGGCCAAGGACAGCCAAUGGUAGGACCAAAACGCUGCCGACGCACAACAGGUUCAGGGACAGGCUCAGGUACAGGAAGGGCAGGCGCAGCAUCAGGGAGGUUUCGGAUAUCGAUCUCAAACCAUGGAGGAUG